CUCAGGCGAGCUGCGGGCGCCGCUUGGGUCCCUGCAACCCUGCGAAGCCCUCUGCCCUCAGCUGUUACUGGGGGCCGCCGUCUCGGCUGUUGUUUGCUCUUUUCCUUUUUUUGCUUUUCUCUUCUUUCCUCCUCCUCCUUCUCUUUGAAAAUUAGAAAAGUCUUAGUUUUUUUUUGUUUUUUGUUUAAUGUGUGAACCCAACCGUAUCUUCCUUCCUUUAGCCACAGAAGCGCAGUCCAGUCAGGGGUCUUCACUGGGCAGCACUGCUGUGGAUUCUUGGAGCUGCGCAAGGAGAUCGGGCUGAGCACCCAGAGCAGAGAGCAGCUGAGAGGAUUUUUAUCCUUUGAAGAUUGAUGGCUCUGCUCACUGAGAUAGACAGCUUGAAUUUGAAGCAUUUUUAGCUUUUUUGGAGGACACAGUAUAACCUAGCCCCUUUGGUUUCCUCAGUCAAGAUAUAUUCUCCAGUUUCCCCUGCCCAGAGGGUGGUUCAAGUGACAGCGUUGGAGGGUCCUGACCCUCAGUUGUGAAGUCACCUUGACUCGAUUCUACAGGGUACCCAGGACCUUUUUGAAGCAAAGUAAAGCAGCAGUUCGGCUGAGAGAAGAUAUGAAAAAGAUAGUGGCAGUGCCACUGAGUGAACAGCAGGAUCCUGCCUAUAAAAAGUUAUUUGGAGUCAGCCUGCCAGAGCUUCAGCAGCAGGGGCUCACUAAGGAUGGGGUGCCCACCGUGGUGAGGAGCAUCGUGGAGUACUUGGUGCAGCAUGGACUCAUGCAGGAGGGCCUGUUCAGGGUGAACGGCAGCGUGCAGGCGGUGGAGCAGCUGCAGCGGAGGCUGGAGAGCGGGUCGCGCGCAGAGCUCGGGCCCGGAGACGUGCACACUGCUGCUGGCCUGCUGAAGCGCUUUCUGCGAGAGCUGCCAGGCGGCCUGGUCCCCGCAGCGCUGUGGCCUCGCCUGCUCCAGCUCUGUCGGGAUGGUAAAGGUGACGCUCAGGAGAAUAGCUUGAGAGACUUAAUGAAAGAGCUUCCAGACACCCACUACUGCCUGCUCAAGUACCUCUGCAGGUUCUUAACAAAAGUAGCCAAGCACCAUGUGCACAAUCGCAUGAAUAUUCACAAUCUCGCCACUGUAUUUGGACCGAAUUUCUUUCAUGUGCCAGGUGGGCAUGAAGGCAUGAAAGAACAGGAUCUUUGCAACAAGAUAAUGGCUAAAAUUUUAGAAAAUUACAAUACCCUGUUUGAAGUAGAAUAUACAGAAAAUGAUAAUUGGAGAUAUGAGAAGCAGGCCAGGCUUGUCAUAGUAAAAGAAACCAGUUGUAAGAACUCUCUACCCAUCCUUUUAGUAAAAGGCUUAGAAAGAGAGAUGCCAAAACCAUCCCCAAAAGCCAAGAUCUCAAAGUCCAAGAGUGAGGGAUCCAUUCAGGUCCACCAGGUCCUGCAGCCAGAGCUAUCUGAUGGUGUUCCUCAGAUCAGCCUGCAGCUAAGUCAUAGGAAACCUCGCUUGGAUGUCAUGAAUUCAGCAGAAGACAUCAGCAGUGCCAAGUGGGUAACCAGCACUCAUGUAUCCCAAGUCAGCAAUGUUUCCACAACUGGAGAACUCUUAGAAAGAACCAUCCGGACAGCUGUAGAACAGCAUCUUUUUGAUGUUAACAGUUCUGGAGGACAAAGCUCAGAAGAUUCCGAGUCGGGAACUGCCUCAUCAUCUUCUACCACCUCUGCCAGGCAGCGCCGCCGCCAGUGCAAGGACCAGGGUGAGGCUGGACGUGGCAGAGAGCAAGGCCUUAUCAACAAAGAAAAUAUUCCUUCUGGCUUCAGCAACCUUGAUGAAUGUAUUUUGAAUAUUCAGGAAGUAGAAAAAAUACAUGAAAAUACUUCUGAUUAUAUUGGAGAAAGGAGCAAACCUAAACGUCAAAAAUCUAGUUCUAAACUUUCUGAGCUCAAUGAAAAUCAAGAUGGUCUUGUGAAUAUGGAAAGUUUCAGUUCCGUACAAUCAAAUGACAGGACUGGAGUUGAUGAUGUUGAACUGAUGUCUGAAGAAAGCAAAGAAAAUGAAAAAGAUGGUGGAGACACCCAGCAUAAUGAGAGCCCCACGAUGAAGAUUCAGGAGCAUCCCAGCACACCUGACAGCAAACAGCAGAGGAGUCAAGAUGCCGACACCCAAGAGGAGAGCUUUGUCUCUGAAGUGCCCCAUUUGGACCUGACUGCACUGUGUGAUGAGAAGAGCUGGGAAGAGCCCAUCCCCACCCUCUCCUCCUGGCAGCGGGAGGACACGGACUCUGAUGAGGCCCGCCUCUCCCCCAAGCCUGGGUGCCUGAUUCGCCAGCUUCUCGAGGAGGACAGUGACCCCAUGCUCUCUCCUCGAUUCUAUGCCUAUGGGCAGAGUCGACAGUACCUGGACGACACAGAAGUGCCUCCUUCUCCCCCCAAUUCCCACUCUUUCAUGAGGCGGCGAAGCUCCUCGCUGGGGUCCUAUGAGGAUGAGCAAGAGGACCUGACACCUGCCCAACUCACACGAAGAAUCCAGAGCCUUAAAAAGAAGAUCAGAAAGUUCGAGGACAGAUUUGAAGAAGAGAGGAAGUACCGACCUUCCCAUAGUGACAAAGCGGCCAAUCCAGAGGUUCUCAAGUGGACAAACGACCUUGCCAAAUUUCGGAAACAGCUUAAAGAGUCAAAACUGAAGAUAUCUGAAGAGGACUUAACCCCCAGGAUGCGGCAGCGAAGUAACACACUCCCCAAGAGUUUUGGUUCCCAACUGGAAAAAGAAGAUGAGAAGAAACAGGAGCUGGUAGACAAAGCACUCAAGCCCAGCGUUGAAGUUACCCUGGAAUCUAUCCAGAGGAAGCUGCAGGAGAAGCGAGCAGAAAGCAGCCGCCCCGAGGACAUUAAGGAUAUGACCAAAGACCAGAUCGCUAAUGAGAAAGUGGCUCUGCAAAAAGCCCUGCUGUAUUAUGAAAGCAUUCAUGGACGGCCGGUGACAAAGACUGAGCGUCAGGUUAUGAAGCCACUGUACGACAGAUACCGGCUGGUCAAACAGAUCCUGUCCCGGGUCAACACCAUACCCAUCAUUGGGUCCCCCUCCAGCAAGCGGAGAAGCCCGUUGCUGCAGCCAAUUAUUGAGGGUGAAACGGCUUCCUUCUUCAAGGAGAUAAAGGAGGAAGAGGAAGGGUCAGAAGAUGAUGGCAGUGCAAAGCCAGACGUCACAGUCACUCUGAAGACAGAUUUCAGUGCACGAUGCUUUCUGGACCAAUUUGAAGAUGAUGCUGAUGGGUUUAUUUCCCCAAUGGAUGACAAAAUACCAUCAAAAUGCAGCCAGGACACGGGGCUUUCAAAUCUCCAUGCCGCUUCAAUACCUGAACUCUUGGAACACCUUCAGGAAAUGAGGGAAGAAAAGAAAAGGAUUCGGAAGAAACUUCGUGACUUUGAAGACAAUUUCUUCAGACAGAACGGAAGAAAUGUCCAGAAGGAAGACCGCACUCCAAUGACUGAAGAAUACAAUGAAUACAAGCACAUAAAAGCGAAGCUGAGGCUCUUGGAGGUGCUCAUCAGCAAGAGAGACACUGACUCCAAGUCCAUGUAAGGGCCAGCCCAGCCUGGCAAGGGACUGUCAGGUAUAGAGAGGAUUUACUGUUCUCCCGGUAAAGAGCAGCUCUGGAAGGUAGCCUUGGAGCUAGCCGUGCCCAGCAUGCAGCCCUUCUGCCUCCAACCCCAUUUCCAUCGCCCGCCUUAGAAACUGCUUACCCAGAAGAAGUGUGACCUGACUGCAGAAUUUCAUAAUGGGAAAGCCAAGAUUGCUGCACACAUGCACACUCACUGUAACAGGAGCUUCACUAACACUAGCAGUGAUGAGUCACUACAUUAGACACACUCAUCCAGAGAAUAUGUCCUGUUCUUCCCUGGAUAACUGAGAAACAUGAGACCAUUCUUGGUCUGUGAUGAAAACAAGCUCAGGACCUUACUCUGCAGAGCGAACUUGCAAUUGAGGGCCAUGCUCUCCCUGGACCCCAUUGUGACCAUGCAUUGGAGCCCUAUUUGCUGCUUUGGCCAUUCUAGUGUCCUUUCCACAGAGCUGCGCCUCCUCCACGCAUCUGAGCAGAUUUCCCCUUCACCUCUCAGGUAUAUGGAAGCUGCUGCUGCCCACAAUGGCAGUGCAACCAUCUAUUUGAGAGUGUGUUUCUUCAGGACUUCCUGAGCUGACAAAGUGCUUCAAUCCCCAAUGAGGACGGGAUAAUCUGCAGAGGACAGAGGGAUUGCAGCAGCAGCCAUAUCAGUGCUGAUUUUAAAAGCAGGUAACAGGUGAAGAGCCUGCAGACUGUUUCCUGAACAGUAACUGCACUUUAGCAGUCUCCGAUUUUAACAUCCAACACUAAAUAAGGCCAGCAUGCCUAUAUGAUAGCUUGUUUGGUUUUGGCCCUAGCCAAACAUCAAGUCUUAAUUCUAAGCUUAAACGCUGUGGAUCAUGGGAGAGGAAGCCUGGGUCUUCAGCCUCCUGAAUACUUAACCAGAUUUUAAUUUUUUAAAAAAAUAAAUCUGCACUAAAAUCCCCAGAUAGGUAACUGUAGGCCUCAGAGCUAUAAGCAGAAUCUUGUAGCUCAAGGCAGAAUCUAAGUCAAACUAUUUUCAAGAUCAUAUAUAGAAAGAAAAAAACAAUGGUAUGUGGCCAAUUUUAAUUCUAAUUUUUUCAAAGACUGUUACAAAGCUGUCUAUAUUAGACAUUUUGGAGGGACCAGGGAAUUUAAGACAACAAAUCAUUUAUCUUUUCGGUGUGCUUGAUGUCAUCUUGUGAUUUGUUCUUCACCUUCUGUGUCUGCCCUGAGGAAAGUGGGGUCGGGUCUGCCUUUGUUUUUGAGGCAGAGCCCAGCAUGGCUGGUGGACAAGACAGUGCCCAGCAGGCUGCACCUCUUGAAGACAAUGUUGUGGGAUGGACAGGACAGCAGGGAUGCCCUCCUCUGUUGGAAAGUUGACUUCCUAAAGGGUACAGUUUUAAUAAAAAGAAAAGGAAGAGUGUAAAACUGUACUGACCUUGUCAGUUGUAAAACUGGGUCUUGAGAAACACCUGGUGGACUGGAUACAACAGCAGUCUAGUGUGGACAAGAGGGAGCAGCUCUGUCAGUUGAAAGCUAUUUAACUGGAGCGUGGGGGAAAUGAAUGCUUUGAGUUGCCUCUCAGUCAUACAGACACAGGAGCUGUGUGUUAGAAAUGCCCCUGGUUUAAAUCUACACACUUAAAGAUGGUACAGAAUUCUACAAAUUGAAAUGUACAUGAAAAUAUAGUUUGAUAUUCUUUGCUCUACUGUUUACAUUGCCGAUUGCUAUAAUUUCAAGGAGUUAUAAAUAAAAUGAUGCACUUUAGGAUGUUUUCUAUUUUUUGAAAUCUGAACAUGAAUCGUGCACAUGACCAAAAAUUGUAUUUUUUAAGAAACACGUCUAGUCUGUCCUUUUAAAGUACUUGUUCUCUUUAAAAAGCUAUGAUAUAAAUCAAAUCAUUACCAGUUAACUUUUAAAGCACAGUCUGAGUGUUGUUUUGAAAAACUAUAAUAUAAAUUUUUUUAAAAAGCUACAUAUAGGUGAGAAGUUACUAGAUGUUUUAAAAUCUGUUGUUUCUGCCAAAAGUAAAUUCAAAGAUAUAUUCAGGAAUCCCCUUUCAAAUUUGUAUGAAAUUUGUUUCAAUAAAAGAAACAUCAAGUUAUAGAAAAAAAAA